AUGAGUAGGGCCAAGGAGUCUGAAAUUAAGCCAGAAGGCCAGAAGAAUGAGAACAAAGCACCCCAAGUGAAGCUGUAUUUAGAAGGGGGCAUGGGGUUUAAGACAAUAGUACUAGCUAAAUCCUCCACCAAAGUUUACAAAUUACUAGAUGCUUUCUGUAAAGAACAUAAAGUUGAUCCAAAAGAACACAGACUCAUUUAUAAAGACAAGGUUCUACACUUGGACGAGAGACUUGAAGCUUACAACUUUCCUUCUGACGCAACUAUCAAUGUUGUGGCAUCCCAGACUGGUGGCUAUUCCUACCUUAAAGAGUAA